UUUGCAUCCAAAUUCAGAACAUUAAUGAAUUAUUUAUGUACUUUAAUUAACUUCUUCAUAAUCUUGAUUAAAUUAUCAUAAGUACGAUCGAAAAUGGGCGUGUACACCUUUACGAUCAUCGACGAAACUAGCCCGGUCGCCGCGUCCCGCUUGUAUAAGGCUCUAUGCCUUGACAACCACAAUGUAUUCCCUAAGGUGGUACCUCAUGUUAUUAAGAGCAUAGACUUUGUAGAAGGUGAUUCUACUACUGUUGGAUGCGUCAAACAAUUUAACUUUGCCGAAGGGAGUCCACACAAGUACAUGAAAACUAGGGUGGAUGAACUUGAUGUGGAUAAGUACUAUGUCAAGUACACGAAUUUCGAGGGCGAUGUUCUUGGUAAUGAAUUAGAGUGUAUUGUUUACGAAUCGAACAUCGAAUCAACUGGUUCAGGUAGUCACUAUAAAAUGAUGGGUUAUUUCCACACUAGGGGAGAUAUUGUUUGUACAGACUCGGAUACUAAGAUGGGAAUUCAAGGCAUGCUAAUGUCCUACAAGGCUAUUGAGGAAUACCUUUGCAACAACCCUCAAGUUUAUGCUUAAGAGUUAGAGAUACAUAUUUAAAAACACGACUGUAUGAGUUGAAUUACAUUUUCUAAGAGUGUGUUGUAUUUUAUCUUCGCAUUUCUUCUAAUAAGUUCAAUUAUGUACAAAUGGUUUGUUUUUCCGUGAUAUGGUAUAAUAAAAACACGAUUGUGUGAGUUGAGUUAA